AUUAAGAGAACGUGUUUUUUAAUUAAUUUAUAUAAUUGAUUUGUCCUCGAUAUAUCGUCUCACUUUUGCCAAAAGGUUACGCUCACAUGCAACGGUGUGAGUGAUCAAUAUAGGUCUUCACUUUCACUCUUCGGCCAUUCGUGUUUAACACUUGAUGUAAUCGCAUUCCGAUAUUUUGUGAUAUUAAGAAAAGUCGUUUUGUUGCUUCAGUCAGACGUCGCUAUCAUCGUGUAAACCUAAGCUUUAUCGACUACUACACAAAUGUACGGAAUAAUACCGAUCUCGAAAGAUUUUUCAAAAGUGGUAUUUAUCUGAAAUCUGAGAUGCAUGUUGUGAGGAAAUAGACACCGAUGCCACGAGGCACUUCGAUACACGAAUUUUACAUAUGUUAGUUGCCUAAACGUGUGUUCUAUAACUGUCAACUAAGAAUACAUACCUAUAUGUUAUUGGAAUCUAAAUACAAUUUUAUUUUAUAAAGAUAUUAGCAAUGAACGAAUUUAAUUGCUCUUACGAAAGUUUAACGUUUGACGAAGCCUGCGUAAGUGUAAUAUCUGACAAUGGAAACUUUGAUAAGUGGCUCUAUUCGCUCUCUACAGAUUGCUUAUCAUGUCCAUAUAAACGAAUAGCGCAGAUUUCGAGCAAUGCCAGCUUGAAAUUCAGUACGAUUAAAACGAUAAAAUGGAGAGUAUUAAAUAAUAGCGGAAGCGACGAAUAUGUAUCUGCCAAAAUUAAAAGCAAUAUUGUUUGCGAACUGUCUCCAAAUCUUGGGCAAUAUGGUUUAUACGAAUUGGCGGUACAAAAUAAUACUUGUAACUUUAGAACUGUGAAGAAUCCAACAUAUCCGUACACAGAACUCUUCAUUAUUUUGGGAAUAAUUGUAUUUAUCUUAUGUGGUAUAUCUGCUGGAAGAUCUUUAUGGUACAUCUUUAAAAGACGAUGCGUAAAAAACGUCAGGAAUGAAUCAAAUAAUAAACCGACAAAACGUCGCAUAAAAGCUAUCGACGCAUUCAGAGGGGUCAGUACUCUUUUCAUGAUUUUCGUUAAUGAUGGCUCCGGUAGUUAUACUAUAUUGGGACACACAACUUGGAAUGGCAUGUUACUGGGAGAUCUAGUAUUUCCUUGUUUUAUAUGGAUCAUGGGUGUUUGCGUUCCCAUAGCCUUGUCGGUACAGUUAAAACGUGGAGUUUCCAAGCUUCAAAUCAGUUAUUCCAUUUUAAAGAGAAGUUUUCUUCUAUUUCUGAUAGGUGUUGCGCUGAAUACAUUAGGAACAAACGCGCAAUUGGAAAACAUACGUAUAUUUGGAGUUCUUCAACGAUUCGGAGUUACAUAUCUGGUCGUUGGCCUAGUGUAUCUCUGUUUUCCACCCCAACAGUCAAAAACUCUUCAUCAGAACUCAUCAUCGACUUGGAUAAUACGUGAAAUGCAAGAUAUAUUAAGCCUUUUGCCACAUUUUUUCGUAAUGUUGUGUCUAAUAUUUGUACAUUGCGCUCUAACGUUUGGUCUUCCAGUUCCCGAAUGCCCCACGGGGUAUCUUGGACCAGGCGGAAGACACGAAGAUGGUAAAUAUUUUAACUGUACCGGAGGUGCGGCUGGAUAUAUUGAUAAAACUAUACUGACUUUGAAUCAUAUUUACCAAAAUCCAACUAUCAAAUUCGUUUACGGAUCCGGUCCUUUCGAUCCCGAAGGAAUUUUAGGAUGUCUCACAGCGAUAUUUCAAGUAUAUCUAGGUGUACAUGCUGGUGUAAUUCUGAUGAUAUAUAAAGACUGGAAAGAACGUGUUAUCAGAUGGCUUUUGUGGGCAAUGUUUUAUGGUUGUCUGGGUUGCGCCUUUCAUUUCACCAACAUUAUACCCGUUAAUAAAAAUUUGUGGUCUUUGUCAUUCGUAUUUGUUUCAACUUCUUUUGCUCUGGCUUUCCUUUCUGGCUGUUACUUGCUAAUUGACGUUAUCAAAGUUUGGCGAGGUGGUCCUUUCAGAAUUCCCGGCAUGAAUGCACUGGUAUUAUACGUGGGUCACAGCAUGUGUUAUCAAAUUUUCCCGUUCCAUUGGAGGAUCGGCGCCAUGGACAGUCGUGCUUUAUAUUUAAUUGAAUCAAUUUGGGUGGUAACUCUCUGGGCGAUUAUAGCGUAUAUUAUGCAUCGUAAACGAACAUACAUCACACUUUGAAUUAUAUCUAUUCAUAGCGUAUUAUUAUACUACAUCGUAUUUUCAAUUUAGUUAACAUAUAAACGAUAUGCUGUUAUGUUUGAGAUCACGAUUAUAUAUAUGCGCAUAUAUUAAUUGUCGAAAUUCGACGAUCACAUUUUUCACGCCACUUCCGACGUUUUGCAUGAUCUAUCACAUUUUCUGUUAUA